AUGAAAUUAAUAUCGCCCCGGCAACGGUCAGUUGGCGGCGUUGCGCCCGCACAUAAAACGUACAAUAACUCCGUCGUUAGGACACCCGACGUGAUGCAUUUGGAUAAUCACGAAAAGGCCUGGGGCCGCUUGGAGCGCGCGAAGGCGUGGGAACCGCGGGCCGGGGCUGAUAUCCUCGUGCUACAAUUUCGCGGGCCGCGACCUGGUCCAAUCACGAAACGUCCGAAGCAUAGAUACCGCCGCUUAUUGGCUCUGCACCUCUUCGUGGUAGCCACGCGAAGCGGAUGGAUGGUGAUGCGGCAUCUCCGAGACUGGCUUGGAGUGGAGGCGGAGAGUUUGCUGCUGCGCUUUAUCUGCUGGUUGUGUUACUUA